AUGACCAAUCUUACUACACAAAGAACACCACUUUGGAUAGUAAAAGUCUUGCAUCUUAUCAAUAUCAGCAUCAAUCUUUUCUUUUUCUUGAUAGAGUGGAAGAAUUUAGAGCCUUUAUCUCCUUCUAAACUCCAACUGAUAUUAUCCACAAAUUUAGCCUUAAUCCAGCUACCCCUUAAUUGUGCUGAUCGAUGCCGAUCGAGAUGGCCACUCAAAGACCCCAUGCCUCAGACUGCUCUAUUCCUCCACCCUGCAAACCUCCUCCUCUUGUGCAAAGCCAUCGCCGCUCGCUGCGGCACGUGCCCCGGGCCCGACGUCGCCGAGCCCCCGGCUCCGAAGCCGGCCCUAGGCACCGAAGCCGCCCAGAAGGCCGAGCCCCGACAGCAAUUGCCCGGCCGAGCACCCCUGAAGCUCGGCGUCUGGGCGCUAGACGUCCUCGGCCUCAUCAACCUCAACAUCGGCAAGGCGCCGAAAACGCCGUGCUGCUCUCUGCUCAAAAACCUCGCCAACCUCGAGGCCGCCGUCUGCCUCUGCACGGCUAUUAAAGCCAACGUUCUCGGGACGAACCUCAACAUUCCUGUUGACCUCAGCCUCCUGUUGAACUACUGUGGGAAGAAAGUCCCCACUGGGUUCCAGUGCGCUUAAGUUCGUUAAUGGUUGCUCGUUAAUUUACUUGAUUUGGUUUUUAAAUUGUUUAUUUGUUGUAAUAUUUGAAAUGGGUUUUUGUUGUUUGUUAAUUUGCUGUUAAUUAACGAAUAAGUCUUUAUUUGUUUGUGUGUGUGUACGUGAGAGAGAGAGAGAGAAACCCUAGCUAGGGUUUUGUAGGGGCUUGGUGUUUUUGUUAUAGUAGUGUGUGCGACUUUGGAAGUGGGAAUUGAAUUGUAUUUAUCAUCAAUGAAUGAAUUUGUUUUAAGUUAAA